CCAUGUAUUCACGUCGCCUCGUAUCACGCUUGUCGUCGUUGGGCACCUCUAACUUGACACGCCCUCUGUCGACAAGCGUGGCUGUCGCUGCUCCCUCAAGAGCUCCCUCGCUUUCCGACGUCGAGCCCAACAAGGGUCGCCUGUUCGACCAGAAAUCACAACAAUUCCGCGAUGACCUGGCCGCUGCCCAGAAGAAGCGUGAGCAAGAAGAGAAAUCAAAAGCUCGCGAUCAAUCAGAAGAUGCCAAGAAGGGCGGCCGUCUCUCCAACCUGCUCUACGGUACUCAAGAGGGCCGUGAGAUGGAUAAGGAGAUCGAGCGCAGCUUCAGUCAGGUUCUUGCCCGAGGAAAAUACGUCCACAGCAUUGUCUUGCACGAGGUAAAACCCGACAAGGUCGACGAGUAUGUUGAGCUUGUUGGUACUUGGUACCCUCGCAUGGCCAACAUGCCUGAGAAUAAGGUUCAUCUGGUUGGAAGUUGGCGAACCGAAGUCGGCGACUGCGAUACCUUCGUACACAUCUGGGAGUAUCAACGUUACGAAGGAUACCACGCCUCUCUACACGCCAUUCAGCACCACCCUGAUUUCCCCGAGUUCGACCGCAAGCUCAAAUCGCUGAUCAACUCGAAGAAGACAUCGCUGAUGCAGGAGUUCUCGUUCUGGCCCACAACUGCCCCUCGCAAGCUUGGUGGUGUCUUUGAGCUCCGUUCGUACACCUUGCACCCUGGCAACCUUCUGGAAUGGGAGACACACUGGCGCACUGGUCUGCGUGCCAGAAAAGAAGUCAUGGAAGGUGUGGGUGCCUGGUUUGUGCAGAUCGGAGAUCUCAACACCGUCCACCACCUAUGGCAAUUUGCCGAUCUCGAAGAAAGACGUUCGCGCAGAGAGCAGAGCUGGAGCGUAUCCGGCUGGGGCGAGACGGUGCACAAGACUGUCCCCUUGAUCCAGACCAUGAAGAGCAGAAUCUUGGUGCCUAUGCCGUGGAGCCCUGUAGCA